AUGGCUAAUGAUGAUACACAUCAGGUUGAUACAGGCAUCGAAUCCACUUCACACCAGCUGUCAAGAGUCUCAUCUUCCGGUCAAAAUAGUCAUGUUUUGAACGAUAAUGAUUCUCAAUUAUCUUUCAGAGGUGUCUCCACAUCACGUACAAUCUCUCCAGAACCAUAUUCUCCUCAAGAUCCUCCUUUGAGAGAAGCCACCGAUAAAGAGGAAGAGGAUUCAGAAGAAGCUGAAUCCCCUCGUUUGAUGUCACAGAUGUUAUCUUCUAGUCAUAACUCGGCACAGCUUGAGAGGAAGUUUUCUUCAGACUCUGAUGAAAGUAAUCUCUCGGGUGCCACCCCAUUAAGUUUACCUUCCGACACAAAUCGUAUCAAGACCAGACCCAUGACAUUAAACGGAAUGUCACCGGCGACAAGAGGUGCCACUACUUUACAAGAAUUGGAAACAAUCAUCGAUAUCCCCUCGGUAACCUCUACGUUACCAGAUAUCCCUCCUCCUCCGGUCAGGUAUUCGAACUUGUUUUGUAGAGAAUUAAGACCUUAUUGGUGGAAAGUGACCAAGAAUUUCCUUUUCACCAACAUUUUAAUCGGUUGUUUUUGUAUUUCCAUGUUGUCCAUCUUUUGGGGGGCUAAUUAUAGAAGAUCCUAUUAUACCUUUAAAAUUAAUAUUCUGUGUGUCAUUCAGGAUGAAUCUAUUUUAACAGAACAACUCCCCACUUUAAUCCAUCAUUCAUCCAAUUGUAGAUGGCACAUUUAUAACACUACCGCUUUUAUAGAAAAAUUCCAUUUAAAACAUGAUGAAAAAAUAGAUAAAAGAGUUUGGGAUUUAGUUCAUGGUGAAAAAUAUUGGAUGUCAUUAAAUAUAAAAGAAGGUGUCACUGAUGCCCUAUAUCAAUCUUUGACAAACCCAUUUGCCCCACCUUUCAAUUCUACCCAUUUUUUUGAAGUUAUGUAUGAAUCAAGUAGAGAUCCUACGAAUUUGAAAGCUUCUGUCUUACCCAAGAUGCAAUACGUGGUGGGGAUUUAUCAACAAUAUUAUACUUCUCAAAUCUUACCGGAAUUCAUCAGAAAUAUUACAAGAACCACAGGUCAAACUGUUUUUGAUCCAAGGAAAAUGGCAGGUGCAGGGAAUAUUAAUUUCGAAUAUCGAGAUAAUAGACCUUUUACAGAUUAUGUAUUAUUAGGUCCUUUGCAAGUCGGUUUGAUUUAUGGUCUAUUAUUAACUGCAUUCCAAUAUUCCUUGUAUGCAAGUAUGCAUGAUAAGAUGAUUAAAAUUUUAUCAUUGAAGGCAAUGGUUUUUUAUAGAUUGAUCAUCUCUUGGGGUACAAUCUUUCUUCUGGCAUUGUUCUUCACCUUAGUUUCCAUUAUUUUCCAAGUCAAUUUCCAAUUAGCAUUUGGUAAUGGUGGUGUUGUCAUUUAUUGGAUGUCCACAUAUAUGGUCAUGUUAGCAUUAGGUGGUGCUAAUGAAAAUGUGAUGGCUUUAAUUUUUGCUUAUUGUCCUCAAUAUUUAAUGGUUUGGUUAAUGACUUGGAUUAUUAUUAAUAUUUCACCUUCAUUUUAUCCACAAGUCCUAGACAACAGAUUUUAUCGUUAUGGUUAUGCAAUGCCCAUCCAUAACGCCUUAGAUCUUUCAAAAGUCAUUUUCUCAAAUUUAGCAAGACAUAAGAUGGGUAGAAAUUACAGUAUCUUAUUCUGUUGGAUUGCAUUAAACACCUUUUGUUUACCGCUUGUUCUAUGGAUCUUGUAUAGAAAAAUGAUAAGCAUGUUGCUAAAGUGA